AUGUCACGAGAAGAUAUAAGGCAAGCCAUGAAUGUUCUCGCGCAAACGCCCGACGACAUUCUCUACGAUGUGAGAACAGAACUUCUAGAUGCUUUCACAAAAAUAAGGAAACGCAUCAAGUCACAUACGGAUCCAUGCACCGAGAUACUCGAUACCCUUUCAGCAGGCAUAGAUGGUAUCAAGGGCAAGCAAUCCGAAGUCGCUGAUAUCAUUAGCAAAAUAAAACCAGAGCAAACCGAUAUCCGCUUUCAGCAUGCCUUCGCAGAACAACCUGGAACCAAGAGUUUCAUACCCCGGGUUCAAGCAAUAUUUGCAUACCGUUCCUUGGGAUUUGAAUUCGAUGCGUAUGUGGAAAGUCAACAUGGUGCAUCCCGAGUUACAGAGCUUAGUACGGACUUGACGAAGGCUGAGCGGAAGAGUUCCGGGCGUAUCAGCGAGUUUUUGAAGAGAAGGGAACGGGACGAUGAGCCUAGUCGAAAGGCAGUUCGUUUUGCCAUCAAGCUACUUGUUCUCGAGAGGGUUUUCGGGAAUUGUGGUAUCUCGUGGUUGGUGACGUUCAUAAUUUCGAAGAUUCGAAACGUUCCUUACACUUCUCUAACUGAGUUGUCUCGUUUACUCUCAGAAGAAGGCAGUGUCUAUUUGGAACUUGGGACAUUGGCUAUAUCUUUUUCGAGACUUAUUCAGGAAGGUCAAAAGCAAUAUGAUACAUUGGUUAGCCCAUAUGUGAUUAGCAAGAAUCCCCAUCUCGAUCGACCAGGGACCUCGACAGAGCAUCGGCAGACGAGUUAUAUACGAACAGAGGCAGAUCCUACGGUUGAUCCCCAAAGUGACAUACCCUCGAUAUCUUCACAGUGCUCGGAUACCACCCUUGCAAACUCGAAUUCGGAUUCACACGGGGGCCCUUCCUUGUAUGAUCAAUCCGUCGAAUCUGAACUUGCAAGUGACCGCGGUCAGACAAGCGACCCGGCCCGGAUAGCCCGUACUAGUGACAAUGGAGAACAAGUCGAACGUCACUUGUCGAAAAGGAGGAGAAUCCUGUCACAGAAUAUAAUCGCUUCGAAUGCUCCGAUCGGAUCUUCGAGCUACGGGUUGAACACUCAUCCGCCUUCUCACGCUAGUUUCUGGUCUGUUGUUAAUGACAGGGCCAUCGGCGGAGCGAGUUUACAUAACCAACCUGGCCAAAUGCCAAACACAAGCGAUGUACCCUAUGAUCAGUCAACCUUGUCUCAACAGCAGGCUCAACUCUUUGUUCACUCCAAUGGACAAGAUGGAUUGCAGACACGCUUUCCACUACGGCCGUUGCCUGCUAGUGCUUUCACCCACUAUUCACCUGAACAAGAUGAUGUACGGACAGUGUCUGCGGGGCGUUCUCACUACGGAGGUCAAACAGGCUCUCUUCAAGCAUUCAACUUCAUAUUUGGAGAACCAGGUGCAAGUUCUCAGAGUCUCGGUGAAACAGUUAUGUCGCAUGACUUUCCAGCCGAUUCUUUGGCAAAUUUGAAUCAGUUCAACCCGAGGGAUAUCUUAGACACCCCUUUCAAUAAUAUGCAGCCAAACCGGGAUGAUACAUUUGACCAUUCUUUUGGUGGUAUACAGUUUAACCCGAGAGAUAUCUUGGAAUCCCCUUUCAAUGAUAUGCAGACCAGCCCAAACUUUGGUAGUAUUCAGUUCAACCCUAGUGAUAUCUUGGACACUCCUUAA